ACAUCUUCCCUCUUCUUCCCAAGGGAAGCUCCCGCCUCAUUGCCUUCCUCCUCCUCCUCUUCCUCCUCCUCAGUUCUUCCUCGAAUUAAAGGAGGAAAAAUAAUAAGAAACAUUAAACUUAUGAAGAACCUGGUUCCAUGGAUGACGAUCUGGAUCGUGAUUUCCUGGUACGGUUCGAACAUCGGCGUUCUGCUUCUGAACAAGUACUUGCUCAGCAACUACGGUUUCAAGUACCCGAUCUUCUUGACCAUGUGCCACAUGCUCGCCUGCUCCCUCCUCAGCUACGCCGCCAUAGCCUGGGCCAAGGUGGUUCCGAUGCAGAGCAUCGGAUCCAAGAAACAGUUUUUCAAGAUCACCGGACUCAGUCUGGUCUUCUGCUUCUCGGUUGUCCUCGGAAACGUGUCGCUUCGCUACCUCCCGGUGUCGUUCAACCAGGCCAUCGGCGCCACCACGCCGUUCUUCACCGCGAUCUUCGCGUACCUGAUGAGUCAGAAGCGGGAGGCCUGGAUUACGUACGUCACGCUAAUUCCUGUCGUUGCCGGCGUCAUCAUUGCUAGCGGGGCUGAACCGAGUUUCAAUCUGUUUGGAUUCGUAAUGUGUGUGUCGGCAACGGCUGCAAGGGCGUUUAAGUCUGUUCUUCAGGCUAUUCUGUUAUCAUCAGAACAGGAAAAGCUGAACUCCAUGAAUUUGCUGAUGUACAUGGCGCCAAUAGCACUGGCGAUCUUGCUUCCCACCACAUUGUUAAUGGAGGGAAAUGUUCUUGGUGUCACUGUAGCUCUUGCAAGGAAAGAUGUCAAAAUAGUAUACUAUCUGCUCUUCAAUUCUUCUCUAGCUUAUCUUGUGAACUUGACCAACUUCUUGGUCACCAAACACACAAGUGCCUUGACUCUCCAAGUUCUUGGAAAUGCAAAAGGUGCUGUUGCUGUAGUGGUUUCUAUCUUGAUCUUCAGAAAUCCUGUCUCGUUCAUUGGAAUGCUUGGCUAUUCACUUACAGUGCUGGGAGUUGUUCUGUACAGUGAAUCCAAGCAAGGGAACAAAUGAGACUGCUUGACAGAGCUGAUAUGCAAAUUCAUUCUUCUUGUUUCUACGCCCAAUGAAGAACAACAUCAGAAGCUUUCUGGGUGUGGCAUGGUUUAUGCUGAUGCCACAAUUUAUACCUUCACAUUUUCUUCUCAUUCUUUACUUUCAGUGGAAUACCAAUUCCAUUGAUUUGAGUCAACUCUCUGGUGUCAAACAACACUCAUUUUUUCUAAACAUGUUAGAAUUGUACAAUACCAAUAAUUGUAUGUUGAAUACAAUGAUGUAUGAGCU